GCGACAAAACGUCAGAUCCGUAUAGAAAGACAGACGACAACAAAAACGGUGGAUUGAGAGCAUAUUGCAGCGGUGUUUAUUCUGAGGAUUUGUGAUAAUCAGCCGUUCUUCAAAAUGGUGAACGUGUUAAAAGGAGUUCUUGUGGAAUGUGACCCUGCCAUGAAGCAGUUCCUGUUGUAUCUGGAUGAUACCUCGGCGCUGGGAAAGAAGUUCAUCAUUCAGGACUUGGACGAUACGCACGUUUUUAUUUUGGCUGAAGUUGUACAGAUACUGCAGGAGAAAGUGGGAGACCUCAUGGACCAGAACUCUUUUCCUAUCACUCAGAAAUGAGAACGAGGACACGUUUCCAUUCCUUUUUUGGGCGGUUUUGGCAUUUUUAUGAAGUCUAAAAGUGGUUCUGCAUUUUCCAGACUUGAUUUUUUUAAGAAGCUUAAAGUUUUUUGUUUGUGUUUUGUUGUGUUCUACUGUUAGUUCAUUUCCAGCAGUCAAGUUAAUUAAAGAAUUCAUCAUUCGG